AUGAAAAUAGAGAGAAAAGAGAUUAUUGAAGAAGCAAAGAAACAACUAUGGCUAGCAGGACCAAUGAUAUUUGUGUGUGUGUUUCAGAACAGCUUACAAAUGAUAUCUCUCAUGUUUGUUGGACAUUUGAAUGAGGAAUUGCUUCUUGCUGGUGCUUCUUUAGCUAUUUCUUUUGUCAAUGUCAUUGGCUUCAAUGUAAUGAUGGGCAUGUCAAGUGCACUAGACACAUUUUGUGGUCAAGCAUAUGGAGCAAAACAAUAUCACAUGGUUGGAAUCUACACACAAAGAGCAAUGUUAGCUACUACACUUGUUAGUAUCCCCUUAUCAAUCAUUUUGGCAUACUUAAAACCCAUUUUAAUUCUCCUCCAUCAAGACAAAGCCAUUGCAUCCCAAGCUCAACUCUUUGCUCGUUACUCUAUUCCAAGUCUCUCUGCCAAUGGCCUUCUUAGAUGCAUUGUUAAAUUCCUACAAACACAAAACAUUGCUUUCCCUAUGGUGUUUACUAGUGGACUCACUACUUUAUUACAUGUUGUUCUAAGUUGGGUUUUCAUUAUCAAAUUUGGACUUGGUAUUCAAGGAGCUGCUAUUACAAUUUGUAUCUCGAAUUGGAUUAAUGUGUUACUAUUGGUAGUUUACAUCAAGAUGUCGUCUUCUUGUAAAGAUACUUGGGUUGGUCUUUCAAUGGAGUCUCUUCACAACAUUCCUCAGUUUCUCAAACUUGCUUUUCCUUCCGCAGUCAUGGUUUGUUUGGAAUCAUGGACAUUUGAAAUAAUGGUGCUUCUUUCUGGUGCUCUUUCCAAUCCAAAAUUGCAAACUUCAGUGCUUUCUAUAUGUGUAAAUAUAAAUGGUAUGUUCUGGAUGAUACCAUUUGGAGUUAGUGUUGCUGGAAGUACAAGAAUCUCGAACGAACUUGGAGCUGGAUGUCCAAACACCGCAUAUUUGGCAGUAAUAGUAACCUUAUUCAUGGGCUUAGCCUUUGGAGUUCUAGAGUUUGGUUUUCUUAUGUCGGUAUGGAAAGUUUGGGGCAAAGCUUUCAGCAAUGUACGUGAAGUAGUCUCUUAUGUGUCUUCCAUGACACCGAUUGUCGCAGUUGCUGUCUUUGUUGAUUCAUUUCAAACAGCAUUCCAAGGCAUUGCUAGAGGAUGUGGUUGGCAGAAGUUUGGUGCAUAUGUUAACCUAGGAUCUUUUUAUCUUGUGGGAAUUCCUUGUUCUGUUGUAUUUGCUUUUGUCCUCCACAUGAAGGGGCAGGGACUAUUUUUAGGUCUUAUAAUAGCACUUAUUAUUCAAGUGGUGUGUUUUGUUAUAGUCACAUUGCGCACCGAUUGGGAUAAAGAAGCAAAUAAGGCUGCCAUAAGAGUAGGAGGCAAUGGAGUUCAAGUUAAUGCACUUCCACUUGAAGAAAUUAAUGUUACUGAUAAAUAG